AUUAUAUAGACGAGCGACGUUCACCUAUGAUCGCCAUCUUUUCUUUUUUUAUCUUCUUCUCCAGGCCGGUUUUCCUUUCCAACUAACAUUCUCUUCAUCGUCGACGAUCCUGUGGAUCAGUUCUAUUCUUAAUUAAUUUACCAUCUUUUCGAGUUUUCCUGUGCCCUAUCCUUUCUUUGCCGGCCCGGUGCUGCUCAAUAGCUAAAUAUUCAACAUGCCGUCGUUUUCGUCUUCUAUCCUUUCUCUCACAUCCUUAUUGGCUUUAACCCAGGCCCACGGUGUCAUUCUGAACGCGCAGGGCAUCGCUGGCUCACCAGCAAGCGUAGGCUUCAAAGUCGAGAAGGACUUGGCACGGAACUGCACAUCUAUCAGCCCUUGCCAACAAGACACGACGAUCAUCCGUGAUGCAGAGAUCGCUGCCAAUGUGGUAAAUGAGUGUGGAAGGACCGAGCUUUCCGGAAACAUCGACAUCGGAGAGAACACGGAGAACGCGCUCGCGGCGAAGGCAGUCACUCAAGUUAAGGCGGGGACGCAGGUCAAAGUCACUAUUCACCAAGUGAAUGCCGACGGUGCUGGCCCUUAUGUCUGCGAUUUGGUGGAAGCCGGAAACAACGGUGUGAUCACUCAGAAUCUCACUGUCCAAAACAAUGUUCCUGGUGUGAACGGCUUCUCUCAAGCCAAGACCCAGGACUUCGAUAUCCUAGUAAACAUGCCUACUAACUUCGCUUGUACUGGAUCUUCUGCUGGCAACGUCUGCACUGUUAGAUGCCGAAAUAACGCAUUGGCCGGCCCAUUUGGUGGUUGCUUUCCCGUUCAACAAGUUGAUGUUACACCUGCUCAGAACACGCCGGCCAAUAUUAAGACGAGCCUGUCUCUGGAGAAAGUUUUCGCGCAGGUUGCCCAGGACCAGAAGGAUCUCCCCGCAGCCAUCGCCGCCAUCAAGGACGCCGGGGCAAACGAAGCUCUUCAGAAUGUUGCCGUCGUAAGCUCGAUCUUGGGCGACUCGGUCACUAGUCUGCCUGCCUCUGUCCAAACUCCUAAUGUCGCUACUGGCGCGGCUGCGACGGCAACAUCGGCAACAUCUGCAGCUAAAAACACAGCUAGCACUACGACGAAGGCUUCGGCUGCAAAGACGAGUGCCGCUACAUCCAAGAAUGGCAAUGGGCGUGGCAACAACAACAACGGCAAUGCUAACGGCAAUGCCAACAAUGCAAACGGCAAUGCCAAUAAUGCAAACGGCAAUGCCAAUAAUGCUAACGGCAACGCCAACAAUGCUAACGGCAACGCCAACAAUGCUAAAGGCAAUGCUAACGGCAAUGCCAACGCUGCGAACCAAGGUGCAAAAGGCCAAGGAAACGCUGCCAAUAACAAGAGGAGAGCCGCGGUUUUCGUCGCAUAAGCAAGUAGCGAGCGAGAAGACCGUCCCAACCGCGGAGGUAGGAGAG